AGAAACUCCGGUCCAGAAGACAUUUCUUCAUAUGUAUCUUGUGAAUCCUGUGAAUGAGUGGGUGAACAGAGAGGGAGGAGGGAAGGAGGAAGGGAACCAGUCGCUCUGUCUGCAGUCGAUGUAUCAGCUUGUUUUGGAACGGGUUGCUCCUGAUACGCAGAGGGUUCCAUCCUAGUCAGAACUCCUUGAGCCUGUUCUUCUGAAGCGAUGAUCACGUUGCUGUCCUUGUUGACAAAAUGAAAAAGAUCUGCAGUGAGUAGCUUUAUCCCAUGUUUAUUAAGACUGCAUCCGCCUCAUCCAAAAAGGCUGCCAAUAGAUCCACCGACAUGUUUUGCCCUCUCUGCCUGCCUGUGUCCCUCCUCAGCACCAGUACGUCCCGGUGAACCCGCGGUGCGGAGCUCCCAGCUCUGAUGUUGAUGUUCCAGUAGAACCACAGAUCCCGACCUCGACACGUCUGGGAUGAAUUAGAGCAGGUUCUGCAGCCAAGCCGUCUCAUCCAGCAUCAGAGUCUGACCUCACAGAUGUUCUUCUAGAAGAAUUGUCAAAAGCUCCUGUACACAGGCUCCAUAACAGAGAACACGUUUUCUCAGGAGAAGAUAAAUUUAACGUCACCAUGAAGGUUUUCUGGGUCCGAGGAUAAUAUGCAAACAAAUUAAAAUGUUUUGUUUAAUUGUAUCUUGACUUGAGGUGGAGUUUUUUUAUUUAAAUAAGAACAGAGUUACAGUGCAGCGCCCUCUGAUGGCUGAGUUUGGCAUGAAGUUCAUCCCAGCCCUUCCAGACUGCUGUGGAUAGAAACACAGUUCUCUGUGUCUCCACCAGAGGGCGCUGUGGGACAUGUUGUCCUCUGGUCCAGCUCCAUGUUCCUGUUUUUUUUUCAGCCUCUCGGUUCCUGACCUGACGCCCAACAUCGGCCUCUUCUGGUAUUUCUUCGCUGAGAUGUUUGAGCAUUUCCGCCUCUUCUUCCUCUGCGUCUUCCAGAUCAACGUCUUCUUCUACACCGUCCCUCUGUGCAUCAAACUGAAGGACCAGCCGGUGUUCCUGAUGUUCAUGCAGCUUGCGGUGAUCUCCAUCUUUAAGUCUUACCCCACAGUGGGCGACACGGCGCUCUACCUGGCCUUCCUCCCCGUCUGGAGCCACCUGCACAGAUUCCUCAGGAACAUCUUCCUGGUUUCCUGCGUUCUGCUCGCCUGCUCUGCUCUCUUCCCGGUUCUCUGGCAUCUCUGGAUCUACGCCGGAAGCGCCAACUCCAACUUCUACUACGCCAUCACGCUGCUCUUCAACGUGGCGCAGAUCCUGCUGGUGUCGGAUUAUUUCUACGCCUUCCUGAGGAGGGAGCACCACCUGACGGCCGGGCUCUACCUGAAGAAGAAGGACGGCUCCGAGGCGACGCUGGUGCUGAAAUGAAGCGCACCCUGCGGCUGCUGCAGAGCAACGAGCUGAUUGAUCCUGAUCAAAUCUGAUCAAACCUGAUCAAAUCUGAUCAAACCUGAUCAAACCUGAUCAAACUUCCUCAGACUGGAAUGAGGAGGAAUAAAAACGCUGAUGGUGCAGAACUCGGAGCGACUCGCCGCCGUUUCCGAUGAACAAACUCUGAACUGUUCAGGAGGGAAAGUUUCAUCUGAGAAUAUUUUAUUCAGAACUUUUUCUGUUUAAACAUAAAAUGUAGGAAAAGUGUGAAUGUCCAGAGGAAUGGCUCAGCAUCACUUGGUUUUGUCUAUUUUACUUGGUGAAUUUUAAUUUCUUUGUGUUGUGAGCAGAAUGCCAGGAUUAUAUAAAGUUCUAAAGGUUUCAGUUAUUGAUUGGAUCUUUUCUGGGAUGAAAACAACAAAACUUCAUUUUUUGUUUUGCAGAUUAUGGAUCAAGAUAAAAUUGUCCAAGCUGCCAAAACACAACAUUUAUUUGUGUAUUUUUUUCCCUUUCUUAUAAAAAAUAUCUUAUAACACUUAAAAUAAUACGAAGCUAAAUUAAAGUAACUUUUCAGCAAAAUGUAGGAGCAUUUUUUAAAUUAAAUAAUUAUUUGAUUUGCAUUAAACUUUCUGUUUCCACUGCAGAUUAUUAAACUUAUAACAUGGAAAAAUGUCUUAUUAGUCAGAUAAUCUGCAGGUGAAGCGAUUAUUUAUUUAAAACAAGUUUUUUAUCUGUUGCUCAGAAGUUUUUGGUAUUUUUUAUUUCAGGUUUUCUCAGAUAUUUGCAGGUUUGGUUUCACACAUUAAAGGCUCAAAUGUUGAAUGUUUCUGUGACACUUUGCUGCUUUAAUUUGACAUUUAAAAAACGUUUAAAUUUCAAAACAUUUAAACUUUAUUUUUCUUCUAAAUCUUGAACAUUUUGAUCAGGAACUUUAUGCUGUCGAGUUUCUUCUGUUUUUUUUAUUAAUGGCUGAAAUUCUCCAUAAAGUUUUUAUGAACUUAUAACCAGUUCUUAGCAUUUAAACAUUUAACCCUCCAUAUGCAUGACGAGCCUAAUUAUGAAUUCCCUCUUAUUGUUUUGUCUUUCAUAAAUACAUAAAUAUGAAAUGCUAAUCUGUAAAUUCCCAUCCACACUGUUGUUAGCUUAGCUUAGCUUAGCAUGAAGACCAGAGUUUGGAGGAUAUGUUGGUAUUAAUUAAAAUGGUUUUUUGCUCCAUGCAGCCAAAAGUUUUUAUGUUCAAACUGAUCUGAACAUUUUGCUGUAAACUUCUGAUUUUCCUCCAGAAAAGAAAAAAAACUAAAUAUUUUCCCCCAGAAAUAUUUGUUUUCUGUCAAACUGCUGAUUCUGUUUCACCGUUUAGUUCAGCUGGUAGAAAGUUUUUCAUGUUCGCCAACAGGAAAUGAUUUGUUACGGUUAUUAUUCUGUCUCAGUUUUAAUCAUGUUCACCAAUCAGUAUUUUGUUUAAAAAUGUAAAGGUUGAUUUAAUUUUACUGAAACAACUUUUAGGAAAUAUUUUCUUCACAUCUUCAUGUUGAUGCAAAAAUGCAACAGUUUGGUUUUUAUAUUUUCAUCUGAAUUUAAUCUGAUUUUUAUUUAAAUGUUUAGUUUUUCUGGGCAGAAAGUCGUUCUGAGGUUUUUAUAAAGGAAAAAAUCUUAUUUUUAUUUGCUGCACUGAAACUUUACAAAAAGCUUAUUUUAUUCCUGCAGUUUGUUCUAAUAUUUAGUUUAUUGAAACAUUUAAAAUCAUUUUACGGUGUAAUUAAAACCUGAGGUUUUGCUUUUGCUGGUUUUUCUGCUGAAACAGAUUUCAGUUUCUCCAUAAACAUUUAUUUUAUUAUUGCACUAAUUAAGAAAAACAUUUUUCUUUGUACUUGCACUGAAUGUUUUAGUUGUGAGACACAAAAAGACGGAUCUAAAAACUAAAUAUUGAUGAAUGGUGAUUCAGAUCCGUUUCCAGUUUCUGCAUCCAGAAAUCGAAUCUGAAUGAAACAAAUUAUGUUUUUAUAAUAAAAUAAAAUAUUGAUUCUGA